AGCAUCACCACAAGCAGCCUAUGCAAUCGCUAUGCGGCCUGGAGACCUAAUAAUCGAUUCUUCUUGCCACUGGGCUGACUGGAGAUGCUAGAGGGGUGGUGAGGCAGAGAUAGCAGAGUUUUGGGGCUGUUGAUAAGGGACACAGGGAGAUGGAGUUGUGCAAGGUCGGAUUUUUUUUUUUGUCUUUUUUACUACAUUUGUAAGAGUUUUAAGGUUGAUAAUCACUUAGACUAGUGGCCACAGAAGACUAUGUGGAUAGGUGCGUAUGUCUUGAUGGGCAGACAAUCUACCAUGAGAGGCAUGGAGCAAAUAUGUGUCAAGAGUGCAGCGCCGUGCCCUAUGUACUGUCUUGCCAUGGCAUUUGUCAACUCUCCAUGGGUCAGAGGGCAUGCUGAGGCGAGCUUUUCUUUGGCUUGCAAGCUUAUUUUCACUCCCAUGGAAAGGGAAAUGACUUUACCUGUUUGAGCACAAGGUUGUGGAAUGACUUGAGGGUCAUUUCAGUUGGAUCAAUCCGAUGCUUUUGUGGAUUUAACUUUUGCCUGACUUUGUGCAUUGCAGAAUUUUGGUUUCUUAAGUUUGAUCUUUGGUGGACUGUCAGAAACCACAAACAGUAAAGAUGUCGCUGCCUGCUGAGCUUUCCCGUGAGGAAAACGUUUACAUGGCUAAGCUUGCAGAGCAGGCUGAGAGGUAUGAAGAGAUGGUUGAGUUCAUGGAGAAGGUGGCUAAGGCAGUUGAUUCUGAGGAGCUCACGGUGGAGGAGCGCAACCUUCUAUCAGUUGCUUACAAGAAUGUCAUUGGAGCCCGACGUGCCUCAUGGCGCAUCAUAUCCUCCAUUGAGCAGAAGGAAGAGGGCCGUGGCAAUGAGGACCGUGCCACUCUCAUCAAGGACUACCGUAGCAAGAUAGAGACUGAACUCACCAAGAUCUGUGAUGGAAUCCUCAAGCUCCUUGAUUCCCACCUUGUCCCCUCAACUACUGCUGCAGAGUCCAAGGUUUUCUACCUCAAGAUGAAGGGUGACUACUUCAGGUAUCUUGCAGAGUUCAAGGCUGGAUCUGAGAGGAAGGAUGCAGCUGAGAACACCAUGGUGGCAUACAAAGCUGCUCAGGAUAUUGCACUGGCAGAGUUGGCCCCCACUCAUCCUAUUAGGCUUGGGCUGGCGCUCAAUUUCUCAGUGUUUUAUUACGAGAUCCUCAACUCUCCUGACCGUGCUUGCAAUCUCGCCAAGCAGGCUUUUGAUGAGGCCAUCUCGGAGCUGGAUACCCUGAGCGAGGAUUCCUACAAGGAUAGCACUCUGAUCAUGCAGCUUCUGCGUGACAACUUGACCCUGUGGACUUCUGACAUCUCGGAGGACGCCACUGAAGAAAUCAAGGAGGCUCCCAAGGGCGAAUCUGGAGAUGGGCAGUAAAGAUGAUCUAUGUGCCCAGAAAUUACAUUGUAGUAUUUGAUCAACUGACACUACCAUGUGCUCUGGGUUCCUGUUCCGUCAAUAUAGAUUUGUAUUGUUCUCCUGAUAGCUCAAAAUCGGAGACUUCAAUUCAUGCUGUGCUAGGAUUGCUUGCGACUGCCUCAGUGCUUGGCAGGCGGGUUAUCAAGCUAUACUUGGUUCAGGGAGAGACUAUUUGAAUCCUUCAUGUUACAUUGUAAUUUUUAGAUUCUGCGUCGCCUUGUUGCUUGUG